CCCCCUCCCCUCCUGAAAUAUAAACGGAUCACCAACGCAGCUCAGCCUCUUCUGCGGCGACCGGGUAUCACCAAACGAAGAGCAGCCGUUUUUGCUUCGUCUGUGACAUUUGACCUAUUGACCUAUUUGACCAUGGGAAAGGAGAAGCUUCACAUCAACAUUGUGGUCAUUGGCCAUGUGGACUCUGGCAAGUCCACCACCACUGGCCAUCUCAUCUACAAGUGUGGUGGAAUUGACAAGAGGACCAUCGAGAAGUUUGAGAAGGAGGCUGCUGAGAUGGGCAAAGGCUCGUUCAAGUAUGCCUGGGUGUUGGACAAGCUGAAGGCUGAGAGGGAGCGUGGCAUCACCAUUGACAUCUCCCUCUGGAAGUUUGAGACCAGCAAGUACUACGUCACCAUCAUCGAUGCCCCCGGGCACAGGGACUUCAUCAAGAACAUGAUCACUGGCACCUCUCAGGCUGACUGUGCCGUGCUGAUCGUGGCAGCUGGUGUGGGCGAGUUCGAGGCGGGCAUCUCCAAGAACGGGCAGACUCGCGAGCACGCCCUGCUGGCCUACACGCUGGGCGUCAAGCAGCUGAUCGUGGGCAUCAACAAGAUGGACUCCACCGAGCCCAACUACAGCCAGAAGCGCUACGAGGAGAUCGUCAAGGAGGUCAGCACCUACAUCAAGAAGAUCGGCUACAAUCCGGACACGGUGGCCUUCGUGCCCAUCUCUGGCUGGAACGGCGACAACAUGCUGGAGCCCAGCCCUAACAUGACUUGGUUUAAGGGCUGGAAGAUCACCCGUAAAGAUGGCAGUGCCUCUGGGACCACUCUGCUAGAGGCCUUGGACGCCAUCCAACCCCCCAGCCGACCCACCGACAAGCCCCUGCGUCUGCCCCUCCAGGACGUCUACAAAAUCGGAGGUAUUGGUACUGUGCCAGUGGGCCGUGUGGAGACAGGCGUCUUGAAGUCUGGCAUGGUGGUGACCUUUGCCCCGGUAAACGUGACCACUGAGGUCAAGUCGGUGGAGAUGCACCACGAGGCCCUCUCCGAGGCCCUCCCUGGCGACAACGUGGGCUUCAACGUGAAGAACGUGUCUGUCAAGGACAUUCGCCGUGGCAAUGUGGCUGGCGACAGCAAGAACGACCCACCCCAGGAGGCUGCCAACUUCACCGCUCAGGUGAUCAUCCUGAACCACCCUGGCCAGAUUAGUGCUGGCUAUGCCCCGGUGCUGGACUGCCACACCGCCCAUAUCGCCUGCAAGUUCGCCGAGCUCAAGGAAAAGAUCGACCGCCGCUCGGGCAAGAAACUGGAGGACAACCCCAAGUCCCUGAAGUCCGGUGAUGCUGCCAUUGUGGACAUGAUCCCUGGGAAGCCCAUGUGUGUGGAGAGCUUCUCCGAGUACCCUCCCCUGGGUCGCUUCGCCGUGCGUGACAUGCGUCAGACCGUGGCCGUGGGCGUCAUCAAGGGGGUGGAGAAGAAGGCCCCAUCUGGCGGCAAGGUCACCAAGUCCGCGCAGAAGGCUCAGAAGGUGAAAUGAAUGUUGUGCUUAGCUGCCAACUCCAGAGCCACCCAUGGCAGAGCAGAGGUCACCCAACUCCACCCUCCCGUCGGCUGCUUCAACUCAAUCAUCAGAGACUGGUUAAUUGUUACAAUGCAUCGCAAAAGCAUCAGGAGGAAAAAAACAAACAAACCCAAAAAGUCUGAGCACCGGUAAAGACGCCACACGCAAGUCUCCCUAAGACAUCUCACCCCUCAACAAAAUGUGCUGACUUUCAACGAAACUUCGCAAUCCCAUUUGCGUUCUGUUUUUAGCUUACCACUAGUUCUAAGUGUGCACAGUGAAAUGGGGUUAUUGACCUUGAAAAACCAUGUGUGAUUUUAAAAAACGAACCGGGAGGUGCUUUAAGUAAUCCAGAUGUCUCUCCCGCUCUCUCUCUCUCUGGAGUGCAGUCUUAGUAAAGUUCUUCCGCUGUUGUCUUCGCUCUUAGUGUUCAUUUGCAGUUAACGAUCAAGUGCUCAGUCUCAACUGAUCUCUACUUUACAAAAACAAAAAGAACAAUCCAAAUGUUAACUGAUGCCUACCAGGCCGUAUCUUAACGAGAUUUUAAAAGAAAUACUGUGUGACACAUUUAGCUUUAAAAUGUAUAGAAAUUGUUGUGUAUAAAAAUGACAUUCGUGCAAUACUCUCUAAAUUUGUCCAAUUGCCGGCAUGUGAAGUUUCCAUGCACCGAAUUGUUCAGAUUUUCUAGCACUUUUGAUUGGCGUUACGCUGACUCUGCACCAAGCACUUAUUGACUUUGAUUGGCAUUAGCUUUCGCACCUUAUUGUUCAUAAACUCAAAAAGCUUUCAUGUCAUAUUAAAGAUGUUUAAAACCAAA